CCCGAUCGUGGCCUCCGUCUUCUCGGGGAACUUCCCUGCGCAGAAGCGGUAGGUGAGGCAUGUCUUCCCGACACCUGAAUCCCCGAUUACAAUGAUUUUAAAGAUGCGAGUCCUCGGUGGGGGGAGGGCUGAGCUUGACAGAGAGCCGGAGAAUUCAACCGACGACCCGAUCUCCGCCAUAUCAGACCGACAGGCUGGAUGAUCUGCAGGGGAAUCCUUCUGCAGCAACGGGUCCUGCUCUCUUGGCCCGUGAAGCUACACACUCCUGCAGCUCUCUGCAGAGGAAACGGCGACAACAGCGGUCAGAAACAACGGGCGCCGCUUUUUGUCAAAUCAUACACUCAAAUGUGAAAAGUGCACAACACACAAGUGUUGUCAAUCCAGUAUCUUUAUCCGUGACAUCCCAGUAAACACUCCCAGUCCUCAGCUCUGCAGCCACGUAAAGUGUUGUCGGAGGAAAUCAGUUCUCGCGAGAUCUAUUUGAUGACGCAUUCAAGUUCAGUGGUAAACCCGAGGAGCUGCAUUUAGAAUGACAUGUUCAUCAUUAUUUUGGACUGAUUAUCUCGCUCCCCGCACUUCUUCUUUUGUCAGCACCAAUUAAAAGAACAAACAGCAGCAGUUUUUAUUUCAAAACAUUUUCCCAGUGUAUUUCCAAGUGUUUUAAGACAAUUUGUCACCAUUUUUAUACAUGUGCAUCUCAAAGAUUAGGAUGCCCUGAAAAAGUAAAACUUCCAUAUGUAGGGGAGACCAGGGCUUGUUGUGACAUGGGUAAAUUGCCACAUUGCAAUAAUCUUUGCCACCAGAGGGCACAACUAAAAAGUGGAAUAUUAGUUUUCUUCCUUUACAUGGUCAGGGGUCAUGUCCUGUCUGAGAAGAGAAGAGCACAUUGUGAGCUGAGAUGAACACCAAUUAACCAUUUCACACAACCCAAAGUAAAAAAAAUAAAAAUAAAAAACCUUAUAUAUUUUAAAGUAAGCUUCUUCCAAAUAAAAAUCCUAGCAGUGAUACAUGUGGACUUGUUAGAGGAGAGAUUAAGACAUCCUGUCAUACCUCAGUCAUUGUUCUGUUUUACGCUAACUUUAAGACAGAGCUUUAAUUAGCAGAAAUUGUAGAUUGGGACAACGUGUCUCAGUCAUUUUGGGGUUAGUUGUCACAUGUUUAUAAGGGAUUAAAAUUAACACAGAGAGUCUGCUUAUCAGCAGUUGUCAUACUGAAAGUUUGACUUUAUUAUUAUAGAAAAAAGAGUGGUUUAAAAGAGAGGAGAAAGUGAGAAGACAUGGUCAGGAUUUACAAAAGAAAAACAGAACAUAGCAGUGCAGUAGCUGACGUGAUGCUGAGAGCAGUCAGACAGGAAACCCGAGCUAAUAAAUCAAUCUGGAGUACAAUAAAAGACUUUAAUGUCAACUACCAUACCUUGGCUAGAUACUGAAAUACAAACUCCAGAGCAUGUUGUAUAAUAUUUUAUGUUAACGUUUGUUCAAUAACUUUUUCUUGCUCAAUGAUAAACAUUUUCUGCGCCUGACUUUGAUGUUCACUUUCAUGUAAAAAAAAAAAAAAAAAUGAGAACAACAAUAAUUCUGUCCUUGUUUUAUUAGCUGCAAAAUCCACUGUGACAUCUUACCCCAUGUAGUGAGACAACUUACCCCAUGGUGAGGCCACAUGUCACAUGUUCACACUCUCUAUUUGAUUGCUUAUAACUCUACACUGACACAUGAUUUGAACGUAACAUGAAUAUGAAAGACAUACCUGAGACUUCGGUCUUUCAUCUGGCACACAUUUUGUUUAUAUAUGAUGGAUUGAUUCCAAGAAACAUAUAAAAGUGUGACAACAAGCCACGGUCUCCCCAACUAGAUUUAUCACACACAGUGGAAAAUAUCUCUCACUCUGGGUCAAUCCACACAACCACAAUCAUGAGGAAGACUGCUGAUCUUACAGUUGUUAUUACGUCCAGAGCCAACGCAGUCUAAAGUCUACCAGGAUAUUUUAGAGACUUUAAAUUAUUGCAGCUGCUGAACAACUUAAUGGAGAUACAGACUCCCUUUUCCUGCAGGAUCCAGAACCUCCCACAGCACCAAAACUACAAGAAAUUGGUUUACUGACCAUGGUAUCACUGUGCUUGAUUGGCAGCCAACUGGUCUGACCUGAACCCCAUAGAGGGCCUUUGGAGCAUCAUCAAGAGAAAUAUGAAAGACACCAGAGCAACAAUACAGACCAGCUGAAGGAGCUAUCAGAGAGACCUGGACUUCAAUAACACCCUAGCAGCGACAUGGACAAUUACCUCCAUGCCACUCUUAAAAUCUUUUUUAUAAGAAUGUUUUAAUGAACAAUAUUUUCCAGAAGGUUGACAUUUUUGUAAAAAAAAAAAAAUCCAUUCUUUUAGAUUGGUGUUUGUAAUAUUCUGAUGAUCUGGGAAAGUAGACUUUUUUUUUAAAUUUAUUUUUAUUUUGAUAAGCCAUGAUCAUCGAGAUACAAACAAAAAAGUCUUGAAAUAUUUAACUUUCUGUGCGAUGAAGCAAAGAAUGUAUGGACGUUUUACUUUUUGAAUUUAAUUUAGGGAAAAAUAAUGAACUUUUAAGGAUGUUCUACCUUUGGAGCUGCAUCAGUAUUUAUCUACAACCACAUUUCAAAAUCAGUCAGGACACUAGGUUCAAUGUUGAUGGAACAGGAUUUGAUGGUCUGCAAAUCAUCUGAAAUCAGUGCAAAGGAAAAAAUAAUCUAAUGCUAAAACUGCAAAAAAAAAAGGUUGCGGAUUGAAAAUAUAUGUUAAUUGCAGGUGUGAUUAUUUCAGGAAAGGCUAUCUACAAAUCUUUCCAAAAUGUUGAUUUUUCUUGUGCCAAAAUUCUUUGUGGAUAGAGUUAUCAACUGUUACAUUUAAUGUAUAGACUCAGGGAUGUCUGUGAUAAUCAAUAAUGUCCAGUAAUUCCAAUUAAACACACUUGUUGUCGGCCUAACCGGCUAAAUGUUUGUUAUCAGGACAUAUUAGUUAAAUUGAAGUAUAUCUCUGUGGAUCCUUAGCCCAAUCAUCAACAGUCCAAUAAUUGUGAUCCCUUGUGAAGAGCAACCGAGACUCCCGCUGCCUUUGCUUGCUGAAGGGCUUCUUCCGUGCCCUGUGUGACUUCAGCCCAACUUCGAGAAGUCAAUUUCGAACUGUCACAUUUUUUGACAGUGCCCACUAAUUUUUGAGGUCAGAUUUGUACAAAAAAAUACCAUAGUUUCAAUAAUAUAAUUUGCAACACAAUAAACAUGACUAUUGUGUAAAGAGUAACUUAUCAGAAGAAAGUUUGGCUAUAAUUUUUAGGUAUUUGAGUUAUUGUUGCUUAGACUUUGCUUUCUUUAAAGUAACCUCCUCUGGCUUUAACAACAGCUUAUACCAGGCAUUCGUUCCACAAGUUUUCUAAGGUAUGUUCCAGGGAUUGCAUUUCAAGCUUUCUUAAGUUCAUUAAAAAGAGACUGCUGAUUCGUGGGACGUGUUUUUCUGACCGAUUGAUCCAAUUCAUCCCGCACAAGCUCUAUUGGAGAAAGGUCUGGAGACUGAGGGGGCCAAACCAUCUUUUGAAGUCCAUAUGGAACAGCAUGGUGCUAGAGGAUGUAGUGAUACUGUUCCUUCUUCAUGAUACCCUUUACUUCAAACAAAUCUCCUACUCCAUCACCUGCAAAACAUCCCCAUACUAUGGAACUACCACCUCCAUGCUGAAUUGUGGGUGUAACACAUGGUGCUUUCAGACGUUCACCAGUUUGUCUGCGGACAUAGACUCUGCGUUUUGAACCAAACAGUGCAAACUUGUGUGUAGUCAUCAUAAGUCCAAUUUUUGUGGCUUUUGCCCACUCAUAUCUCUUUUUCUUGUUCUGUGGAUGAAGUAGUGUUUCUUUGCAGAUACACAACCCUUCUGACCAGCCUUUCUCAAAUGUCAUUUCACGGUUGUCAGAGAUAUGGGUUUCAACCUUGUCGUGUUGAUUUCCUCCCUUAUUUUUGGUGCUGUCUUUUGCUGAUCUCUCUAACUGGUGACAAUGCUAUGUUUAUCCUCUGCUUUUGUAGUAACUCUCUUUCGUCCAGAUCUUUUUCUAUCAUUACAACUUCCAGGUUCGUUUAGUCUCUUCAGAGUGUAGUGGACUCCUUUGUUAAACACCUUUAGGCGUUUUGCAAUUUCUCUUUCUGUGUAUCCUUCUUUCCUCAAUGUACAAAUCUGUACUUUUGUUUCUUUACUCAGUUGCUUCUUUCUAGCCAUUUCUGCAGUAGUUUGAAUGCAGUUGAGAUUUAUUAGGAUUUUUGUAUGCAAACUCUCAAAAGCCAAAUAGUUGAAGUAAAUAAUCCAACUGUGAUUUGUUUUUUUGUUUUUGCACUGAAGUUGUGACUCUUGCAAAUGUUUUCAACCCUAAAACUAAGCCCUUAUUAUCUUUUGCUGACAUAUAUUUAGCAAUGGUCUGCUAACAUCAAUGUAUAUCUAAAGGUAAAUGGAGUAAAAUGGUGCAUUUCCAUGAAAGCAACAUCUGAUCAUGGAGUAAAUACAUCCCAAAAUACAUAAAACUCAUGCUGGAUUUUUAAAAAAGCAUUGUGAACAAAAACUUGAAGUUACUCCCAACUGUUCAGCCUGUAAUGGCCUUGCUUCCAAACUUUUGGCCUGUAGUGUAUAUCUAUAUAUAUAUAUAUAUAUCUAUCUAUAUAUAUAUAUAUAUGAUGUCAGUAGGGAUACCUAUGGGGUCAACUGAUUGACCACAAUAAAGGGAGUGGGGCCAAAACAACAAGCUCUUCCCUGUCUCAAACUAAAUUUUUAUACAGAGGCUGAAAUCCUGGUAUUUUAAUACACCACUGUGAGAAAUUUGAGGUUUUUUUUUUCUAAUCUGAAAAUAAAGAGGAAGAAUGAGGAAAUACUAUUUGGUUUAGUUGGAAACAAACAAACACCAGACUAACAGGCUUUACAUGUUAGAGUUGCUUUGGUUAACGAUAAACGGAAAGGAAAGACUCUAACCUUAAUCACAAGUGACCUGGAAUUUCAUAACUUAUUUACUGUCAUUACUGAAAUAUUUAAUGUAGUCUCAUAUGUUGUCUGUGAAACAAAAAGGAAGGCGAGGCAAGUAACUGAAAUAGAAUACCAGAGCUACAGUGCAUCCGGAAGAGAAAGUAAAAAUUCUAACCUGAAUCCCAGGUGACCGGUAAUUACCUUUGUGGUUUUUGGUUACACCCAUAUUUGCAUUAACUUAUCUAUGCAGCCAAGCAAACUUCACCCAGCUCUGCUAUGUUCCUUCUUUUGUUUCAUCGAAUGAUGAGUUUGUUUAUUGUUUCACUGACACAAGAAUACUUGUUUAAAUGUUUGGACUCACUCCGUCAGUUCACUUUCAUUUUCCACAGUUUCUCACAGAGUGGUGAACCUCUUCCCACCUUUGCUUGAAAUGCUCUUAAUGCACACUUAGUGAAAUUGGUUGACAUUUUGAUGGAAAUAUUUCAGAUUCAUUCUUUUGUUUUGUGUUUGCAGAAAAACAGCCACACGGGAGGAAUGGAGCAUCACCUGUCAGUCUGACUCUCCUCUCUGCUUGCCAAGUGUUGUGUCCACUUAAAUCAUUCAAAGGUAGAAAACAUUUGGGUGGGUGUGGCAGAUUUCGUGAGGUGUCAUACUGAUGAGGAGUGUCUGUAUUAAAGCUGAGAGCUCUCUCGUUAUUGCUGAGCUUCAUCUGGAUGGAGACCAGACAGCCAAGGUAAGGUGUUAAACUCAGAUAACUAAUUUCAUCUCUGUUUCAUUGGAGGGAUUUUGUGGGAGAAGUCUAACACCAGAGCAAACACUUUUUGGUAGUUUGAACCUCUUAUGAGUCUUAUGAGUUUAACAUGACUGUGUUACCAUUGAAAGCCAAACUGUUUAAGACAUCGCCCAGGUUAACAAGUCUGCGUCAAAUGUCGAGGAACCAGGGCAUUGUGAUGAGAAAGGGGCUACUGGAGCAAAACAGAGAAGGCAAUGGACACAAGAUCAGAAUAAGACUCAGGACUUCCAGGUUUUCUCACACCUGGAAGUCCUGACCAAGUUCCAUGUUGUUGUUACAUUGUCUAGAUUUGAUUUGGUCUUUUUAGGUUUCACACUGUCAUUAUUGCAGUUAUCGUUGUAAAACUCUUGAAAAGAUAAGCUGUCAAUACUGAGGUACAACUUUAUCUACAAUACUAUAAAAUUUCCCCUUCUUGAGCUUCUUGAGCAAUGUUGAAUCUCCAUUCAACAUUGAAAUGGACACUUCAACCUGCAUUAUUACCUGUGUUUGGUACGAAGGUCUGAACCUUUCAAAAUAAUGCUUUCACACUGGACAUGAACCAGAUGGGGGUUCACUUUAGUCAGGACAGAGACCACCACUUUUGGUUGGAACAAGGUGUGGCUGUUUGAUGUGGACCAAGGUCAAAGGGCGUUUUCACACCUAUCAUUUUGGUUCGAUCCAAACAGAAAUGUCAGGAAGUGCGGCCCAAAUGAUGAAGUUGUGAAAGCCCCCUAAGACAGCCUGAGCUUAUUUAAGGUUAGAUCCUCCUCACUGAUCACAGUACUCCACAUCCUCUGUGUUGUUGUGUUUACUUGAAGGUCUAAGAAGAAGAGGAUGGCAUCGGUUCAAGGCAGACAAGACUUCCUGGAGUUAGAGGGAUACUUGAUGGGUGUAGCCUGUCUGGCUGCCAAGAGGAGCAGGGACCCGAGCACACAGGUCUGUGUGUGUGUGUGUGUGUGUGUGUGUGUGUGUGUGUGUGUGAGCGCACAUGCACGUGUUUAUUCAGAAAAAUCUCACCUUGCUUUGUUUCAAUACUCCACUGUAUGACUAAUUUACAGUUAAUGUCUAAACAUUCAGUUUCAUCAGUGUACAGUAAAUCAUAUCAUCUGGCUUUUUCCCGCUCUUGCAGUCAGGAACCACGUAGUCUUCAUGUUAAUGGCGUUUCUGAUCGACCACAAUUGAGGGAGCGGGGCCAAAACAACAGGCUCUUCCCUGACUAAAAUAAUUUUUUUCAGACAGGGGCUGAAAUCAGGAUAGUUUAAUACGCCACUGUGAGAAAUUUGAGGCUUUUUCUGAUUUGAAAAUCACACAGCACUAUUAAAGAGAAAGAAUGAGGAAAUACAAUGGGUUUAGUUGGGAAAAAAAAAAGCACCACCAGACUAACAGGCUGUACAUGUCAGAGAUGCUUCGGUUAACAAUAACCUUAAUCUCUAAGCUUAAUCACAAGUGACCUGUAAUUUCAUUACUUAAUUACUGUCAUUACUGAAAUAUUUAAUGUAGUCUUGUAUGUUGUCUGUGAAACAAAAAGGAAGGCGAGAUUUCAGCUAAAUGUUGUACAUUUAUUUAGGAUUUUCGCAUGUAUUUAUGGGUGUGUUUGUAGGUGCAGCAUGUUUCUCCUGAUUGACAUGACAGAAAUACUCUGUGAUACCUGUGUUGUGAAUCAGGAGAACGAGAUUCUUGGUGUUGGCUUCAACAGGAUGCCGAAAGGUGGUGAGGAGCUAACCUGGAACCGCGAUAAAUCUGAAGAACACCCACUUGAAAACAAAUACCUCUAUGGUGAGCCCAAACAAACAGAAGACGAGCUGGUUGGUGGCUAUGUUAUGUUGGACAUCUGAAAUGUUUUUAUUAAUCAAACAUCAGACAGUUUAUUUGAAGAACACAUGAUCGUACAACAGGCUCAACCUAUUAUUUGAUAUUGUGUGGAGUAUAAAUGCACAAAACAUGAUCCAGUUUUAUGGUUAUUGACAGAUUCUAAACCUGAGCUGCAGUGCUGGACUUUUACCCGUAGAGGGGGCCAAGGGACACACUCUCAGUCUGUCCUUUUUUCUCUCCUUCUGAGUUUUGUGUUUCCCAGAGCCAGAGACACAUAAUUCAUCAGUAUUUUAGAGCCUCCUCUUUGUCUCUGUACCUUCUUUUUAACCAUAGAAACAGUAAAAUAAAGAACUGAAAGAGGGAGCAUUAAGCUGAAGUGAUGAGUUGACUGUGCUCGCUCUCACAGUGUGCCACGCAGAACUGAACGCCAUCAUGGACAGCAACGGAGCUGACAUUAGAGGAAGCACCAUUUAUGUGACUCUGUUCCCCUGCAAUGAAUGUGCCAAGCUCAUCAUCCAGGCGGGUGUGUUCAUGCAAACACACACACACACACACACACACACACACACACACACACACACACACACACACACACACACACACACACACACACACAAAGAGAGAGAAGACAUGCUUUUUGAUGCUUCACUCAUCUGAUGAAGUGAUUAUGUUUCAAAUGUUAGAUUCUGAACCUUUUUUAUCCUCUUCUUUUACUUUUUGAAUGUUUUUAAACUUAUCCGAUUAACUUUGUUGAUUUUUAUGUUUUUUAUGUGGCUGCAUGGUUGUAUUGGAGGUGCUGUAGAAAUCAAGUGAAACUGAGUUAAAUAUCUGUAGAAUUUACCUGAUGAACUUCUAUUCCCUCGCUCCUUUUUUUCCAUGCUUUGCAUAAAACUCGUGGUCCCCUUGUUUCCUUACCUUUCCCCCUUUGUCCUUUUCCCAGGUAUUUCACGAGUGGUCUACCUCUCUAAUAAGUAUGAAAACACUCAUGAGACACAGGCCUCAGAAAGAAUGCUGAAUCUGGCUGGUGUACAGAUGGAGUAAGUCACUGAUCUUCCACGACUAUCAAAGAGUUGCUUUUAGCUUUAACUCUUCUUAGCUCUCACUGUCCAUAAGUGACUCUUCUGACUUUAUGUUGUUUUGUCUCUCUCUGGUCUUAUAGCCAGUUCAAGCCUGGGCAGUGCAGAGAGGUGGUCAUUGAUUUGACAGGGGAAGCUGUUUAAGGAGGUGAGGAAAAGGAGGAAGACUGAUCAGACUAAAAAAAGACUGGCGGUGAGAAAAAUCAAGAUGUUUUCAUUUGAGGCUUUGAGUCUGUCUUACUGUCUUGCUUUUUUUCUUUGAAACUCUCUCAAGACAUGUUCAUUUAAUCUGACCUGUCAAAAUAAGGGUGAAGGUUUCAGUAAAUAUGUUUAUUUUGGAGACAGGUAAAUACUUAGUGGUUUGAGUGUUUUGCCAGGUGAGAGACGUGUGAAGGUGUUUUUUAUUCACCCAUCCCUGUUUUAAACUAAUUAUUCACUAAAAAUGACUGGUCUGUCUUAUGUUUGGCUUUAAGCUGAUGAACUUGAUCAAAAUUCCUCCUAAAACAUGUCCUUUUAUGCAGAUGUUUGUAUCCAAGACCAUUGUUGUGUGUGUGUGUGUGUGUGUGUGUGUGUGUGUGUGUGUGUGUGUGUGUGUGUGUGUGUGUGUGUGAGUGAGUGUGUGUGUGUGUAACCUUCUUUUUUACUCUCUGCAUUUUAGCUUGAAUAACUGCUUUAUAACUAUAGUAUAAAGGUGCAGCUGUCUUCAGCUGAUGAGCUGUGUGAUUGUAAUGUCUUUUUUUUUCUUUUUACAGUUCCUGUUGGCUGAUCUCUUCUUUUCAUCAAAAAAAAAAAAAAAAAAAAAAAAUCAUCCCUUUAAGAGUUCCUGCUUACAAGCUGCAAACUAAACAUCCUCAAGCAAACAGACUGCUAUACACAAAGUGACUGUUUAUCAUCAGUUCAUAAUGUGUCGAUGUGGACUGCAUGUAAUUUAU